AUAUAUAUAUAUAUAUAUCUCUUGUCUGAUCAUGAGGAGAUGGCAGCCAACAUAGUGGGGAGCAAAUGAGAUAUUUUUAUAUGACAGUGGGACCCACCUGUACCAAAGUCAUUACAAAUGACUUAAUUCACAUAUCAGACUCUCAUUUUCUCUCUUCUCAAUUACGUUCUCUCGCUCUAUCCUCUCAGUUCCCUUUUUAUUUUCUUUUACCAUCAUUUACAAGCUUGGUUUCUUCUCAUUAAUUGGAAUACUUGGAAGCCGUUUGAGGCUCUUCGAAGAGCACGACGAGGUCUACGCGGUUGUACCAUCAAUUUCAGCUUUUGGUCUCCCCUUGGCCUUCGAAUUUAGAGACCCAUUUUAAGGGUUUUGUACAAUCUUGAGGUCAUGGCAAAGAAACGGCGGAUGACAAUCCUCCGCAAACUUGAAAGUUAUUAGAAGGUUGUUUGCUAUUUUGUAUUUUGACCAUUCUAUGUAUAUUCAUAGUUGUGGAAAUGUAACUAAGUUAGUAUUCAUGGCCUUGUAAUUUAAGAACGAACUUAUCUUUUGUUUAAUGUAAAUGAAACUAAUGGAAUCAUGGUAUAUAUUUCCAUGUAAUUGUAUCAUGUAACGUUGUAAGACAUGGACUUUAGAUCUUAACCAUAUAUUUUGGGACUGUAAUUAUGAUAAUUUGGAUUAAUUGGUGUGUGCAUGUUCUACUACGAGAGGAACUAUGUUGAGGUAUAAUGAAUGGGAUGCUGGAGUAUAUUUUUUUAUUUUGUGUAUUGGGACAGGUUGUUGAAGGACCACUUUUAGGGAAAGUCAUGCCGAAAUUUUUGUAUAAAUGGUUUUAGUUUAGGGUCGUUACAUAUGUGGUCAGAGGAAAAGAAGGUAUAUGCAAGAUUUUUACUUGCCAACUAUAUUUAUGUGCUUGCCUGGCUUUUGUAAAGUACUUAUUUAAUUUGUAAUACAUUUUCUAUCGUGUAUGGUUGUUUUUAGGCUCUUUUUUCUAGUUCAUUGAUUUGGUUGGAAUAUUGUUGAUUUUGUUUCACUGUUUAAAAGGAACAGAAAAUGGAUAAAUGGGUUUUUUCUGCAGUUGAAAUUUUCACUAAUUUUGAAGGAAUUUAGCUGGUUCUGUUUUACUACUUAAGAGGGAAAGGAAAAUGGUGAAAUUGAGAUCAAACUUUUAUGGCAAAAUUUGGUUACUACAUGAUAUAGAUGGACUCAGCGGAGACGGCCUUUUGCUACAGAGAGGAUCAGCUGUGUUCUCUUCCCCCAAAUGUUCCUCCGUGUUUCUCCCAAAUGCACAAAACAAACUUCAGAGAUGCAAAGAAGGGAAGGCAGUCUCAGCCUAAUUCAGAGAAGGUCAUUACAGAUUGUGGAACUUUCGAUGCCAAUUUCCUCACAUUAGGCCCUCCAGCAACUUCGUUGCAUUCGACACAAACUUCCUAUGAUGAACUUUCUGAAUUCAAUUUUCCUCCCUUUCAAGGAAGCAGAUAUGAUCUACAGGAGUGGUCAGGACAAGGUCGCUCAAGCCCGCAAAAACCAUUUUAUAGCUUUCUACCACUGAAGGAGCAAGUGGACAGCACAGAGACAACCUCAAACUUGGACAAUAGCAGAGGCGAGUCCGGAGAGGAUAGCGUUGAUCGCAAUCUGAAGAUGUCAGUGGGUAGCUCAGAUGGAGAACAAUAGUUCCGUUUAUCCAAGAAAACAAAUCAAGUGGGCAUUUCAUCUCCUAAUUCAUUCUCAAUAGUUUGAUAUGGUAAAGUCAGAUGUUUCUUUAAGUAUACCCCAUGUGACCACAAUAUGUUAGUUGUUUGUUCAAUUGUGCUCUGUAUGAAGUUUUUGUUCAGUUGUAUUUGUGCUUUACAAGAUAUGCACACAAUUUGGUAUAAAUUAUUAUAUA